GGCUACCCGCCGCUGCUCCGUGUCCGCACCUCCGAGCUGGCGCGCCUCCGUCUGUCGGACUCCCGUGCGGAGUCUUACUGAUCCGCGGACGAUGCGGCUCCUCGCGCUCUCCUCUCUGCUCCUGCUGCUCCUCGGCUCAGGGCUGGCUCUGCAGAUCCAGUGUUACCAGUGUGAGAUGACGCACGACUGCUCCACGCCAGAGUUCAUCGUCAACUGCACCGUGAACGUGCAGGACAUGUGCCAGAAGGAGGUCCUGGUGAAGGAGGACGGUGUGCACUACCGAAAGUCCUGUGCCUCAUCUGGAGCUUGUCUUAUCGCCUCUUCUGGUUACCAGCAGUUCUGCACCGGGAAGCUCAACUCGGUCUGCAUCAGCUGCUGUAACACACCGCUGUGUAACGGACCACGCCAGAAGAAGCGACCCCAGCCAUCUGCUGCCAUCACUCUUAACACGCCACGGCUUCCUGUGCUUUCCUUCAACAUCAUCAUCCUACUUUCCUCUAUCCUGUGCUGACAGAACUUUCCUAAGAUGUGCGUUGAAACAAACUGAAACUGUACAAGCUCUGCCAUACAUGCUUUGAAAUGUAUACAAGAGAAGGCUUUUUACAGCAUUUGUUCUUGAGUCCCGGCUUUCUGUUGCAACAAAAACGACACAAUAGUGGACAAAGUUAUCACCAUGUGUCAUGUCGUGAAUAUGGGUAAGAUGUGGUGGAUAAAACGGCUUCCAGCAGAGGGUUCAUGAACGUCUGCAAGGUGGAAAAAGGCAAACAGCAAAGAUAGCAUGUGUUAUUUCCAGAAUAAAUCUCUUAUUUCUGCUCUAUGCUCUAUGAAUAGGAAAAAACAAGUUUUGCAGUGUAUUCACCAACUGAAACAAAACAUGUAUGACAUCUCCCAAAUGAACAUGACUUAUUUAACCUCUUGGCAUCUACCAUGUUGUUAACAAACCACUUAGAGGUGCGAUUAGAAUUCGGUUGGAGAAGAGGCUGUUACCUUUAAAAUCAGUUCUUUUUAUGGGGUUUUUGCCUUUAUGUUCUGUUAAUUUGGUAUAAUUUGAACUAAACAGGUUCUGAUUCCACAUAAAGUUCACUAGUGACCUUUUGGCAUUGAGAGGCUAUUGGUAAAUUAAAUAAUAAACAAAUAGAAAAUAAUAGAAAAACAUUUUUUUUAAUUUUAACAACCAUUUCAGCCUCUUAGCAGGUGUUUUACAGUGUUUGGCCAAACAGAAAUUUGAUAAACACCUUUGAAGAAGGCACAAAUUUGCCGUGGCAUCGUUUCAAUUAACAUUUAUUUCCUUCCAGAUUUUCAUUAAUCAUUUUUCCAAGAUCUUGUAUUGAUGAUGGCAGAAUCACUGAAGUCCUCUCCAGCAUAUCCCAAAGAUUCUCAGUGGUUUAAGAUCUGGAUUCUGUAGUGGUCAAUCCAUCUGCGAAAAUGAUGUCUCAUACUCCCUGAACCACUCGUUAAUUCCCUUAAGCCUACACAGCUCUUUGGUCCUACUCCCUUGAGUACUUUGGGGGUGGAAUGCUCUGACUUCACAGAACAUUUACCUGAUUGCUGAUCAUGAUCUUUUCCAGCCACAUUUCUUCAUUGGAGAUGACGGUUCACCACUGUGCUCCAAGGUUUUGUUUUGUUUGUUGUUGGGGGUUUUUUAACACAUUGGACAAUACUUAGCUUAUUUGACUCUUAUACUUAGCAUUUGACCCUUUUGAAACUGAGUAACAUUAUUUCCACAACCACGGGAUCUGUCCCCAGAUGAGGUUGGUUAAGAAAACAGAAGCUACUGGCUCCAGUUAGGGUUGUAACUGUAACUGUUGCUGUACUAAUUUUCCUAUUUGCUUAGUCAAGUGGCUUUUUGUUGGCCAGGUAAAAUAAGACCAUUAUGCAGUAAGUAUGUAAUAAUAAGGGUUGCUAAACUUGUGACUGACCAGGACAAUAAGAAUAAGACUUCAAAGAGCUGGAGAGGUCAUAUAAAUCUUCUCAACACGGCAAGCCUUGACUCCACUUAAACAUCUAAGGUUCGCUGUACCUGAAAUUUGUUCCCAUGUUGAGUUUAUUUUAAAGAUUGAGAUGAGCAGUCACUAUGUGGGAAACAUCUAUGUGCAAACUAAUGAUACAACAAUAAAAUCUGCAAAUAUUUACUUUGAAUUUAAGCAGAAAAAAGUAAUUACUUGAUUUAAAUUUACUUUAUAAAUUUAAAUACUGCACAGCUAUGAUGAAGCUCAGGGUUCCACCUGAGGAUGGCUGCUCUUUAACAAAUGGUUUAAACUUUAAAACUGUGACUCUGUUUUUGACCACUGUGUGACGUAUACAGAGUGAUUAAUGCUGUUUUUGUGUUGGUAAUAAUGAAUUAGUUUUCAAUAAUGAAUGAGGUUAUUUAAAUGCGUGCACCCCUCUCUUUUUGGGGAUGCUCGUAUGAAUCCUGCUGCUUUAAGUCAGUGGUUUUCAGACCUGUUCUGGCAUGCCCCAUACCCCACAAUUUUUUACAACCCUCAACAUUUUUAUCUGAAUAAGUAUAUUAUGUAAAUAAAGGUAAACAUAGCAUUAGCAUACUCUUAAUUCCAAUUAGUUUCAUUUUGCAUUUUCCCCUGGUUCUACAUCCCACAGUUUGAGAACCACUGCUUUAGGCAAAGGUGCAAAUAUGUGAUACCUUUUAAAGACUUCUCAAAUAGCUGCAAGCAACAAACACAACUUCAGAUCCUCGGGAUUCUCAGCAGUAAUGUCCUGACCGAAUACUCCUGAUGUUUCAUGUAUGAAAACCUCUUAGCUAGUUUAGGCCUCUAAAUGAAACAAAGUAAAAAAAAAUGAGACACAAAGAUGGAUGCAGCCACUGUGAUGUGACCAGUUGGACUGCAUAUGACCCAGUGUAUAUUUCUUUUUGGCUUUAAUUUUACUGUAACUUACAAAUUAAAAAUAUUUUGUAUUCAGUAUGACUUAAAAGUAGCCACUGAGGCCAUACUGUCAUCAGGAAAUCGUUUUUUACUGAGGUCAUAGAUCAGAGGUCAGAAACCUGUGGCUGUUUUGCCCGUGUCCAGUGCCUCCCUCUGGGUUUGAUAAAAAAUUAAUCUGUAUAUGGAAAUAAAUAUAAUAAACACAAUGUGAUUGCUUUCACUACCAACAGAUCUUUUUACUUAAAACAAAUCUGAUUUUCCUUCACUUCACAAACACUUUUCUUUAGUGGUUAAUAAAAAAAAUAACUAACUAACUAAAUUUUUAUUAUCCUAGUUCUAUAAUGUUAUAAAUUCAACAUGAAUGUGGCAUUAUUGUUAUGAAAAUGCAAAGUUAAAAAACCAAAUAGUCAUACAAAGUAACUGCAGACUUGUUUUAAUUAUUUAUACCUAUUCAUAAUGUUGAUAUGCUCGUUUAUGGCUCAGCUCCCUUUUGAUAAUAAAUAUUGCUGACCCCUGUCAUAGAUCAGGGGAACAGAGGGCCAUUUUUUCAUACACUUCAAUACAGUGUGACUUCUUUUUCCAGUCAGCCAUUAAAAAUAAUGCCGCUUUGAGGCACGUUCUGCCCUUUUCGGACCUAUUUAGUCUAUCCUGAAACCUAAAUUCCUCGUUGAAAUUUGCGUUUUUGUGCCAUUGCCUCCUCUCUGUGUCUGCCUCGCUGCCUAAUGAUAUCAGAAACAGUUGUGUUUGUUACAGGAAGGGACCACUUCACCCAAUUUGUUUAUGUAGUUCUCACUGUUUCAGCCACGCCUCUGUGUUUUGUGCUCUGUAAUGUUUACAGGAAAAUGUUGGCACUAAAAUGUGGAAAAAUUGUGAGUGACAGUUCAGAGGGUGCAGUGUGUUUAUCACUAUAAAUAAAAAGCUGUUUUUGUUGGUAAUUAUCUUACUGUCACAGUGAUUUGGAAAAAAGGAGGACAGCACCAGCUCAGCUUUCUAGGCUGCUCCAAAAAAUAUCCCAAAUCUAAUCCAGUUGACUGUGAGAUGCAGUUAAAAGCCUGUUAAACAAUAAAAAAAUUAAUUAA